AUGGACGGUCCACCUCGAAGUAUUAUCAUUGUCGGAGCGGGAAUUGCGGGCAUCGCUUGUGCUCUUGCUCUGUCUCGAGAGCUCACCCCAUUUGUUCCCGAUUUGAACAUCACAAUCUAUGAGAGACAUGAUAUCUUGUCCACCUCCGGUGGCGCCAUCAAUCUGACACCGGUGGCCCAACGCCACUUAGCCCAACUCGGUGUGCUAUAUGAACUUGAUCGAAUGGGACCUGAAGGGGGAGCUGAAGUCGAUGCCAUUGAACUAUACUCUAUGCGAUCUGGUCGAUCAAUGGGUUCUAUUGAUUUUAUUGACCAGGAUGGAAAUGGUUUUGGUGGAUACAAGGGCCGCAGAGUUAUGCGUAUCAUGCUCUCAGUGGCAAUGAUGACAGUCGUGGACAAAACUCAAAAUAUUGAUAUCGCUUUUGGCAAGAAAGUCGUCGGUGGAGAGGAACUCGAUGGUAAAGCCGUGGUCCACUUUCAAGAUGGGUCUGAAGCUGUCGGUGAUCUUGUUAUUGGAUGCGAUGGAGUUCACUCGCCAGUCCGAACUCGCUGGGUCGAUCCAAAAUGCCCUUCCCAGUAUACAGGCAUGUCUUUCUUGCAGGCUAAUAUUCCAUCAAAUACGAUCUCGUCUCCGAUUCACUUCAAGUCAUCGGCUUUGAACAUCUCCAGGCAUGGAUCAAUCCUCACCAGUUUCUGUGACCGCGAUCAAGAGCAAAUCUUUGCAGCUGCAAUUGUGCAAUUUGAUCAAUCUCAACUCUCUGAUCAUAAGCACGACUCAAAUCAGGACUGGGCAACCAAAAAUCGCAUUCGUUCUGCCCUGCGCCGUGAAAUCCAAGAUCGCUUCUCCAAAUCCGCGAUUCCAUGUAUCAGAGAGAUCACAGCCAGCAAAGCAGAUUGGUUGCUCUACCCGGUAUACCAGGUCCAGCCAGGAGGCAGAUGGUGCCUGAACCGUGUUAUCCUGUUAGGAGAUGCUGCUCACGCUAUGCCUCCAAGAGAUGAGUCUGCAGCAUAUGCUCUUGACGAUGCCAUUCUAUUUGCUAGACUCUUAGCUCGAUACCGAUCAGAACCUCUCUUUGAGGUGUUUGAAGCUUAUGAAAACUUGCGACGUGAGACGAUCAAUCGUGCAUUCAAAGAAUCUCGUCGAAUGUGGGAUCGUAAUAGAGACAUGGGAUUCUUAGAGGGCAGGCUGAAGGAAUGGAUGAUGCCUCGCUACGUUCGAAGUCAGCGAGAUGAGCGUGAGGCUGCAUGGGAGUUUGAUGCUACUCAAACUUCCCUUCCCACGCCCGCACCUAGCGAGGAUCUGGUGAGCUUGCAUUCAUUUUUGAAAGAACAUACUGCUGUAUGA